AUGGCCGAGUCAGAUCCAGUGACACAACCUUUGCCAAUUUCUAACACUCAACUAAAUAAUGAAAACCCACCAGAGUGGGUAACUAUAACACAGGAACACCUGGGGGAGAUACCAGAACCUCUCGGCAAUGACUUGUUCAAUAUUUCAAAGGGUGGAGAACUGAAGCUCCUUUAUCGCCAUGAAAUGGACGAAAUUAAUGUAUUUCUGAGAGAAGGUUAUUAUACGUCAGGAAAAACAUAUGUUGAAGGACCUGCAGGUAAGUUGUCUGUUCUUAUACUCCAUACUUUGCUCAAAAUUGCUAAUGACAGUGUUUUUGGUCUCAUAACCAAGGAAUUAAUGGAUACUGUAAUGAUAGAAAGUGCUUUAACUGUUUUCUUUGAUGUUCAGAUGGAAGUGACAAAGAACAUUUUAGAAGAAGUUGCUGAUGCUGACUAUGCAGCUAAAAAUGCUUUGGGAAUCCUGGAUAAAUUUAGAAAAUACAAAGAAGAUGUCAAGGAGGACUCCAAUGAGCUUAUAAGUCUCUUUUUAAAAUAUGUAAAACAAUCAAAAGUAUUGGUUGCAAUAGACCAGUGGAAUGCAUUCAUAGAAGAAAGCACCAAUGAAGUGGCAGAUCAUCCAAUAGCACAAGUCUUUGGAAAUUUUAGUUUGUUCAGGCUGAAUACAACAGUAAACCAACUUAAUGAUAUGGAAUUGAGGAAACUUGCUAAUGCUCCAACACAAACCAAGGAUAUUCCAGAGAAUGUGGUCAGAGAAUAUAAUAAAGCUACUCUAAAGUACUAUAAAGCACAUGUGCAGAGCAUUGUUGAGUGCUUAAAUAAUGAAAAGAAAGUAAGAGACUUACAACAUGCUGCACGUCUCAUCAUUGGUGGACAUGUGCCAAAUGUUGUAGGUGAUGGAUUUGAGUCUACUGGUCUGGUAAAUCACAAAAAUGAAAUGGUUUGUGAACAGGCAAGGAAUGCAGUUAUAGCAGUUUUUACUGAACAACGAAAUCAUCUUCUCAAAUUAGUGGCAUCCUUUUCUCAAAUUAAGUGGUUUUCUCUGGAGCUUGCCUUCUUUUCUUAUUUUCAACCUGAAGGUGCUACAGUUAAUGUUGAGAUGAGGAAUCUAAUACUAAAGAGGAAUAUAAAAAAGUAUAUUUCUCUGGAGUUUCAACGAGUUCUGUUUCAGGAGGAUUAUGACAAGGAAGAAUCUUUAAAACUUGAAAAAGGACCUUCUGGUCAAUAA